UGGGAGCCUGUUGUCGUAUUACUCUAUUGUAAGGUACAGCUGUUGGGAGCCUGUUGUCGUAUUACUCUAUUGUAAGGUACAGCUGUUGGGAGCCUGUUGUUGUAUUGCUCUAUUGUGAGGUACAGCUAUUGGGAGCCUGUUGUUGUGUUGUUCUGUAGUAGAGUUCAGCUGUUGGAUCCUAAUGUUGUUUUACUCUGUUGUAGAGUGCUACAGUUGGGGCCUGUUGUUGUAUUACUCUAUUGUAAGGUACAGCUGUUGGGAGCCUGUUGUUGUAUUACUCUAUCGUAAGGUACAGCUAUUGGGAGCCUAUUGUUGUAUUGCUCUGUAGUACAGUACAGCUGUUGGAGCCUAUUGUUGUAUUACGUUUUGGUAAAGUGCAGCUGUAGGGGCCUUUGUUGUAUAACUCUAUUGAAAAGUACAACUGAUUCAGCCUGUUGUGGUAUUCCUGUGGUUAGAGUCCAACUGCUGAAGCCUUUUGUUGUAUUCCUCUGUUUAAGAGUACAAUUGUUAGAGCCUAUUGUUGAUUUACUCUAUUUGGGAGUACAGCUGUUGGAGCCUAUUGUUUUGUUCCUCUGUUGGAGCCUUUUGUUUUAUUCCUAUCUGAUGGAGUUAGCAGUUGGAGCCCAUUUUGGUUUUACUCUGUUGUACAGAACACAGGGUGGAGCCUGUUGUUAUAUAACUCAUUUGUUGAGUUCCGCCUUGAGAGCCUAUGAAUGUAUUACGCUGUUGUGGGGUACAGCUGUUUGGGCUAUUGUUAAAUGACUCUUUUGUCGAGUACAGCUGUAGAUGACUUUUGUGGUGUUUCUCUGUUGUAGAGUGCAGCUGUUGAAGCCUGUUGUUGUAUUUCUGUGUUGUAGAAUACAGUUGUUGAAGCAUAGUGUUGUAUUACUCUAUUGUAGAGUACAACUGUGGGAGCCUGUGGUUAUCCUUUAUGGCUAUUUCUAUUCAGAGACUGGAGUCGUGGGCCUGGUACAUAGAUUAGAGACUGGAGUUGUGGGCUCUUUCUCUCUUUUGUGUGCUUUUUCUAUUCAGAAACUGGAGUCGUGGGCCUGCUACAUAGAUUUGAGACUGGAGUUGUGGGCUCUUUCUCUCUUUUGUGUGCUUUUUCUAUACAGAGACUGGAGUCGUAAGACUAGUACAUAGAUAUAGGAGACUGGAAUUGUGGGCUCUUUCUCUCUUUUGUGUGCUUUUUCUAUUCAGAGACUGGAGUGAAGGGCCUGGUACAUAGAUAGGAGACUGGAGUUGUGGGCUCUUUCUCUCUUUUAUGUGCUAUCUCUUUUCAGAGACUGGAGUUAUAGGCCUGGUACGUGGAUUAGAGACUGGAGUUGUGGGCUCUUUCUCUCUUUUAUGUGCUAUUUCUAUUCAGAGACUGGAGUUGUAGGCCAGGUACAUGGAUUAGCGACUGAAGUUGUAGGCCUGGUACAGGGUUUAGAGACUGGUGUUGUAGGCCUGGUCCAUGGAUUAGAGACUGGAGUUGUCGGCCGGAUACAUUGCUUAGAGACUGGAGUUGUGGGCCUGGUACAUGGAUAAGAGACUGGAGUUGUAUGUCUGGUCCAUGGAUUAGAGACCGGAGUUGUGUGCCUGGUACAUGGAUUAGAGACUGGAGUUGUGGGCCUGUUACAUGGAUAAGAGACUGGAGUUGUAGGCCUGAUACAUGGAUUAGAGACUGAGUUGUGGGCUCUUUCUCUCUUUCAUAUGCUAUUGCUAUUCAGAGACUGGAUUUGUAGGUCUGGUACAUGGAUUAGAGACUGGAGUUGUGGGCUUCUUCUCUAUCGUCCAUGAUUGACCACAUUGGCACUCUCUUAUAGCGCUUGAGUUGAGGUUGGGGUUUCUAAUGGCGUUUUAUUUACCUCCAACUUUGUUUCGGUCAUGUAUAUUGUUCGUUUGUAACGAUAUACGUCAUUUAAUGUGAAUAAAUGACAUUUUUCAAUUUCCAUCCUGGUUUGUCAAUUACUCGAAACAAAUGAACUCAACUCAUACUUUUAAGAGAGUACUCAUAAAAUUCAAUUUAUUGCCUUAGAAAUAAAUUUAUUUAUGAUACUUUCAGGGGACAUAACGCAUUACGUAGUAAAUUAUUAGUACCGAGUUUACAAUUUUGAUAGUAUUAUUUAACCAUCUCAUCUUGCGGAUAACACAACGCAAUAAUUUCACAGAUAACUUAUGCCAACCUGAAUUACGCAAACUCGAUCGUAACAUGAUGCAAGCUCUCAGUGUCGUCACCUUCCUUCUUGGGUUUGCGCAUGCGCAGAUCAACGUCAUUGACCUAACGCAUUCGCACGACGACGACGCGAUAUACUGGCCAGGAAACCCGCAGUACAAUUUUACUGUUAUAAACAGGGGAAUCAGCGCCGGCGGCUAUUGGUAUGAGUCAAACUCAUUUGCAACCGCUGAGCAUGGUGGCACCCAUAUUGACGCACCCUCGCACUUCGCUCAGAACCGGAACCGCGUCGACCAGAUACCCAUCAGUCGUCUUGUCGGCCCGGGGGUGGUCAUCAAUGUCAAGGACAAAGCCGCUGCGGACCCGGACUACCGAGUGACUAUGGAGGACCUGAAUGCCUGGGAGGACGUCCAUGGCCGGAUUCCCGCGGGAGCCAUCGUCCUCAUGAACUCCGGUUGGUCCAAGGGCUACCCGAACAAAACACUGGUAUUCGGCACGAAGAAUGUCACACAGCCGUCAACAUUCCAUUUCCCAGGGUUCCAUGAAAGUGCCGUUGAUUGGUUGGUUAAAAAUAGAAAUAUUCACGUGGUAGGCGUAGACACACCUUCUACCGAUUACGGCCAAUCAACGACGUAUCCGGUCCACGUGAUUCUCGGGGAGGCGGACAUUGCGGGUGUGGAGAACGUGGCCUAUCUCGACCUACUUCCGGAGAGCGGAUCGAUUGUUUACGUGGCGGCCAUCAAACUGCACGACGGAAGUGGCGUUCAGGCGCGCGUGUUCGCAACUACGCAGCCCCAAGGCGGCACGACCGGAGCAGCCCCUGUACACGCAGUCUUCAUGUCCACAAUCGUCUCAACAGUAGUGUUCGUGCAAAUGCUUGGCAGUUUGUAAAUUAGCUAAAGAACUUCAGCGAACACGUUAUAUAUUACCUUUUGGAUGUGUUCGCUGAAGAGAACGCCGUAUCAAAACCCUACCAGAAUUCGUGACAUUUUUAUGUCACGCUGUUAUUUCACUUGUAUGCAUUGUACAGACAAAAUAGCUGUAUCCUUAGGUUAAUGAAGUAAAAUGUAGUUCACAAACUCAUUUUCAAAACCAAAAAACGCUUUAAAGAUAGUUGAUUUAGCAUUUUAAUAAAUCCUAUUACAAGCAUUCCUUAUCUAAGUCAUAGUUGUGUUCUAAUUUAAUCACGUGACACCAAGAUUUUCAGAAAAUACCCAUGUGACCUAGUGUUUAUUUUGCUGUUAUUUUUUUCUAUUUCGAAUAAUUAAUAAAUAACUAAUAACAAAUUUGGAAUAAAUAAAUUGUUUUUACUUAUCAAAAGGUAUUUACAGCCUUACUGCAAUUGGAUUCAACUAAAUGAACAAUGUGAAUCCGAUGCUAUAAAUAGAAUCCAUCGACGUCAUCAUGGUCAAGUGAUUGCAUUGCAUCAUCACACUCAAUUGAUUCU